AAUAAAUCGAUUCACGUUUGCGUUCAAAGCAACGCAAGGACCCAUUGAGUGCCCGGUGCCCUUCUCGAAUGCGGGGCUACCCCUGAUGACGGGUUUGAACCUCGCGGAGACAGAACAUAUCGUCUGGUCGAGCCGUACUGUACAUCGGCUCGCUUUUAAAAACCUGCGGUGUACGAUGUAUCAAUUCCGGUAAAACGCACCCGCCCACACGAGACUUGCCUUCACCACAGACAAAGGUCGAAGACCCGUGCGAACCAGACAUGUCGACAUUUGAAGUUUAGAAAAAAAAAAUCAAGUGUAAGCCAAUUCAUCAAGCUUUUGUACUGAAGAACCGCAAAUAGGAUACGCUUGUGCGUACCGAAACGAUCUGAUAAAAGCGUUGCGCACAUAGGAUAAGAUAGCAUUAGAGUGAAGUGAAACCAGUGCCCGAACCUCUUGUUAAUGAGCUGUAGAAUCGCACGCUCUUGAAGUAGAGACCUCUAGAGGCAAAGAAGAUGUUAAGGAGACAAUCUAUGCGAGCUGUGUGCACGUCUUCGCCCUUGUGACGUAGGCACGUGCCCUUUACCCGGAUUCCCUCGCGCUGGGACGGUAAACACUAGCUAACACCAACCGUUACAAUCAGACGCUUCUGUCUAAACCGUGAUUGUGGAAACUUGCAAAUACACAGUUACGUUAUUGAGAAGAGUGAAUAGAAGAGUGUCCAAACUGGAUAAGCACAGUCAAACGUGUCGUUUCAGGAUUAUUCAAAGGAAAGGCCACGCUUAGCACCUGUGGUGGGUUUGCCAAACUAUUACAAGCUCACGCAAAGGUUUCAGGCUAUAAAAGCUUAGAAUCUCUACGCAAAAGCGAAAGGACGAUUGCGCCAACUGAUCGAGUCUCUAAGGUGCAGUGUCAUCGAUUCCCCGGGUGAUAAUCAGCAAGGCAGCGCUUGAUUGACAGCUUUUGGUGGCUCUGUGGGCGUUCCCAAGUGACCCCAGUGUCGCUACUCUUGAGCCGCCGUCAUUCUGGUCAGAUUGCGAUACAAACCUUAUGUACAGGGCUCCCACCAGCGCACAACGAUGAAGCUGGUCUACACCGCUCUACUAGCGCUCAUCUCGUCCGCAGCGUCCGCAUACACCGCCACACCACACAGGCACGUUCACAAGUCCUCAAGAUGGGACAAGGCUUAUACUGACUACAGAGAAGUCACUCCUGUGCGAGUUAACGAGACGGGAGAUGCAUUUCCAAGCAGCCAGCAAUUUUUAUCGUAUAGUAGCAGCGUGCGGGACAGUGGACCUUUGUAUUAUAACUUGACAGUCUAUGGAAGAACUUUGAGGCUUCGGUUGCUCCGGGAUCAUUCGGGUUUUGUGUCACCGGGUCUUGUUGUAGAACAUGUGUUUAGUGCGGGACACAAAUUACCACUGGACUCCGGGUUAGCUCAUUGUUUUUAUACAGGAUCCAUACAAGGAGACUCUUUAUCCAGCGCGAUUCUUAGCGUUUGUCACGGGCUGAGAGGUACGUUUUUUACGGGAGGGCAAGAGUAUUUUAUUGAGCCCAGAGAGCAGGAAAGGCUCGUCAGCCGGCAACAUCCACGACGAAUUCACAUAGUGUAUCGUAGUUUGCCAGAUCACAUUAACUCGACCGCCGGCGCCACCUGUGGCCUUAAAGAUACUUAUCAUCCACUGAAUACCUCACACCCCCACGCAGACUCGCCACCUGCACCAUCUCGCGCGAACACGCGAGGGAAGGCACGAGGUCGGGGCAAGAGGUAUAUAGAGGCAGGUUAUGUGGAGACCAUGGUUACUGCUGAUAAGUCCAUGGUGGACGCAUUUCCGAGCAAGGCGGAGCUACAGAGCUUUAUCAUUACUAUCAUGGGAAUGGUUGCGCGCAUCUACCGGGACAAGACAAUCGGGAAUUCCAUCAACAUCGUGCUUGUCAAGAUUAUCAUACUGGAGAUAGACCUUCCGGAGCUGGAAAUCACGUCGAACGCUGCCAGCUCGUUGCGAAGCUUCUGCAAAUGGCAAACAAAGAUGAACAAACCGUCUGACGAAGAACCCGGGCACUUCGAUACGGCAAUCCUUCUUACCAGAACAGAUAUCUGUCGUGCAGCUGGCAAAUGCGACACUCUAGGUCUUGCAGAGCUCGGCACGGUCUGCAACCCGUCUCGCAGCUGCUCCAUCGUGGAGGUUACAGGGCUCAGUAGUGCCUUUACCAUCGCGCACGAGCUCGCUCACGUGUUCAAUGUCCCUCAUGAUGGCGACCAUAACAUGUGCGACGAGAAGAGCGGGAACUACAACCUGAUGGCGCCAUCUCUCAGCUUUAACACCAAGCCAUGGAUGUGGUCUACGUGCUCUCGUGACGCCAUCAGACUGUUCUUCGAUUUAGGGUACGGCAAGUGUCUGGAAGACAAGCCUGAUGAACGGCAGGAAACGCAGUUCGACUUUGAGCUCCCGGGAGAGAAGUACAGCGCAAACGACCAGUGUCAACUCAUCUUUGGAUCACAGUCACGGCUCUGUCCUUUCUUGUUCGAGGAUCCGUGCAUGCGACUAUGGUGCGUCAAGAACCUUGGCAAGAGGCGAGGCUGCCAGACCCAUCACAUGCCAUGGGCGGACGGUACUCCAUGUGGGAACCACAAGUGGUGCAUUCGUGGAAAGUGUGUCAAGAAUCGUCGUAUGAAGAUCGUAGAUGGGCAGUGGGGGAACUGGGCCGCGUUUGGCGCUUGCAGUAGGACAUGCGGAGGUGGCAUUCAGUUCGCCAAGCGAGAGUGCAACAACCCUGAACCUGAAAACGGAGGGUUGUACUGCCAAGGAGCGCGCAAAAGAUUUAGAUCCUGUAACUCUGAGGAGUGUCCGCCAGGCAGCAAGGACUUCAGAGCGCUUCAGUGUGCGCAGCUGAACAACAAGCCGGUUCGAAUAAGCGGUGUGGCAAAAACGGUGAAUUGGCUGCCGAAGUAUCAGGGCGUUCGUGAGGAGGAUAGAUGUAAGCUUUACUGUCAGGUGGAGUCGAAAAGGAUUCAUUUCAAAAUGAGUGAUAAAGUCAUCGACGGAACACCGUGCCAACAGUUUUCUUCUGAUGUUUGUGUCGACGGCAAGUGUAUCAGUGCGGGAUGUGAUCGUAUCGUGGGAUCGCAGGCGAAGUAUGACGUCUGUCGCGUUUGUAAUGGUGAUAAUACCACGUGCAAGAAGCACAAAGGCACUUAUAGAAAGAUAGCCUAUGGAUACAACCCUGUUUACAAAAUCCCAGCCGGCUCUACCAAUGUCGUAAUUAUUGAGUAUGGAAGCAGAGAUGCAGAUAACUUCUUGGCCCUAAAGCAAGUUGGCCCUACCGCUAGAUAUUUAAUAAACGGCGGCUCGGUUGUCAGCUUGGGAGAGAGAACCUACCAAAUAGAAGGCGCAUCAAUUUAUUACUCUGGUUCAGACAAAGCAGAAGAAAUGAUUAAGAUUACUGGCAAGACUCAAGAGGAUCUGCUUCUUGAGGUGCUGUCUGUUGGAAAAUUGACGCCGCCAAACGUCCAUUAUUCGCUGAAUGUUCCUUUCAUCGGGCCACACAAGUUCAAGUGGAUUAUAAAGCGCUGGACACCUUGUAAUCGCCUAUGCCAAGGUAGAAGGAGACGAAAGGUCAGAUGCGCCCGCGUGAGCGAUAAACGUCUUGUAAAAAGUAGUCGAUGCAAGCACUUGCCUCGGCCAGCUUCGCCAAGCGAGAAGUGUAACACAGACUGCGAGCUGAGGUGGCGCACGGAGCGAGAAGAUAAAUGCUCAGCACACUGCGGACCCGGCAAACAGAAACAGAAGUCGGACUGCAUGCGGGUGACAGGCAAUAAAUGGCAACUGGUGAAUGUCAAGUAUUGUAAGCACUUGGAGCGACCACUAGCCGUGGUGCCUUGUGAGGGCAAAUGCGAAAACACUAGAUGGGUUUACACGCGCUGGUCACAGUGUUCGAGAACGUGUGGCUCAGGAAUCAAGACUCGGCGAGCGAACUGUGUCGAUCACAAGGGCGACUUCCUGCCAGACGCAGACUGCAGACCAUCUGAUCGCUUGCUCCUACAGCAAGUGUGUGAGGCCGAGUGCCCGAAAUGGCGCGCAGCGGACUGGGAACAGUGCUCUGCGUCUUGUGGGAGUGGCAUGCAGUCUCGCGUCGUGCAAUGCAGUGUCGGAUCUGUAAUACAUCCCGACUCAGCGUGCCCGCGAGCAGCUAAACCCACUGGAACUCAGCGGUGCAACCAGCAACCGUGUCCGGCUUGGGAGACUAGGAACUGGUCAGGGUGCUCGGUGAGCUGCGGUGUUGGCGAGAAGACUCGAUCAGUCACGUGUCGUUACAAUGGUACCAGCAUAUCGCCAACGAGAUGCGAUAGGGCGCUAAGGCCCAGCCUUACUGAGAGAUGUACUCAGCCACCAUGCCCGACCCAGGCUUUUAUUUACCCUGAGACGAAGUGGAAAGCGGGGCCUUGGUCCCAGUGCUCUCAGUCGUGCGGUGAUCAGGGGAGGCGAAUGCGUCGGGUGACAUGCGCAGACAGUCGCGGUGUUGCAGUGGCGGAGAGGUUGUGCGACGCUCCCAAUCGUCCAGCUACGUACGAGAGAUGUAACGUCAAGCCAUGUACGUCGUGGAAACACGGGGCGUGGGGCCUUUGCUCAAAAUCUUGCGGUAAGGGUGUCCAGUCUCGCAUUGUCAAGUGUGCAUACGAGAACUGGAAGAUUGCAAAAGAUUCUCAAUGUGACCCUUUCAAGCGGCCUCCGGAGCAGCGAGAAUGUGAGCUUCAAAAGUGUGAAGGGCUCGCGUUGCACGUCAACAAACAGGCGACUGUAUUACCGACCGAUCCUUACCGGCCACUGACCCCAGCCCACCAACCAACCUGGAGGACAAGCGCUUGGGGAGCAUGUUCCGUUACAUGUGGUAAAGGAAUUCGGCGUCGCCCAGUCACGUGUACUCGCAACGGACGAACCAGCAAUGCAUGCGUGCAAGACUCCAGGCCCGCUGACACCGAGGUGUGCACCAAUGCUGCUUGCCCGACUUGGAUCAUGGGGUCGUGGAGUGAGUGUUCGGUGACUUGUGGAUUCGGUUACAAAAGGCGGGAGGUCUACUGCAGUAGGAACAACUGCGAUACAGCUAGAAAGCCUACUCAGCUGCUUAAGUGCGAGCUACCUGUGUGCCCGCAGUGGAAUGCAGGGGAUUGGGGACAGUGUUCUCUGACCUGCGGUGGGGGUGUACAGACCAGAAGAAUCGACUGCAGCUCUUCCCUAACCAAGUGCGACCACCGCAAGAAGCCAGUCGAAAGUCGGCGCUGUAAUACAGAGGCGUGCCCUGCCACGUGGCGCGAGGGACCUUGGAGUAAGUGUUCUGUUACAUGUGGCGAGGGAAUCCAGUUACACACUGUUGUUUGUAGCACCGGGAACCAAAGUCAGUGCAAAAAGCCAAAACCUUCAGAGGCUAGGAAGUGCCAACUACCAGCCUGUCCUGAAUGGACCGUGGGAAAGUGGAGCGAGUGCUCUCGUACAUGCGGUGGUGGUAUUAGCGCAAGGACAGUCACGUGCAGCUCACGUGAUCAACCUUGCUAUCGAAUGAGUAAACCACCCACGACAAGGAUAUGUAACUCACAGGACUGUCCAAGAUGGAAUGCUGGACAGUGGAGCCAGUGCUCCGUGACAUGUGGUCGAGGAAACAUCAGAAGACUUGUCGAGUGUGUGCCGGCCGGAAGCAACUGCGAGGCGAGAUACAGGCCUUCUGACUCUCGUCCGUGCCUCAUGCAGCCAUGCGCAGAGUGGAAUGUUGGAGCCUGGAGUCAGUGCUCUGUUAGCUGUGGUAGAGGCCAAAGAAGAAGGAAUGUCUAUUGUUUGCCCGAGGGAGGGAAUUGCGAUCUAAGAGUCAAGCCAUCAGAAAUACAACCCUGCGCGAAAAAGGCGUGCCCAGAAUGGACUGUUGGACGCUGGAGCGAGUGCUCAGUGACAUGUGGCUCUGGCAAAGCGUCCAGGCAAGUCUUGUGUGAGCCUGCUGGCAGCCAAUGUGACAAUGCCACGCGGCCAGCCAGCGUGCGAGUAUGCGCACUGGGAGAAUGCCCCACCUGGAAGUCCGGCCCUUGGGAAAAGUGCUCCAAGACUUGUGGUGUCGGGUUCCAGGCUCGCUCGGUUUACUGCACGGCUUCCAGUGUGGAUAAAUGCGAUGAGAAAAAGCCAUCCUCUCGACGCCAGUGCAAUAUUCGCCCCUGUCCACGGUGGAUAAGUGAACAAUGGAGUCAGUGUUCCGUCAGUUGCGGACGUGGUGUCCAGUCCCGCGCCGUCAAGUGCAGUACAGAUGAGCUAGAGUGUGAUGCGGAGACCAAGCCCAACAGUAGACAGCCCUGUGGAAAGGUGGAAUGUCCUACGUGGACCGCUGGACCAUGGAGAAAGUGUUCUGUGAGCUGUGGUGAGGGUGUUCAGCGUCGAUUGGUCCAAUGCCAAUCCCAGCAUCGCAAGCACUGUGACCGACGCACCCGACCCAGUGAUGUCAGACGAUGUAGCGCCGGGACGUGUCCAGUCUGGGUCCCAGGCUCUUGGAGUGAGUGCUCUGUCACUUGUGGUGAAGGAACGCGCAAGCGGACAGUGGAUUGUAACAGCGGUGAGAAGAAUUGCGACAUGCGCAGCAGGCCGAUUGAAAGGGAGAGAUGCAACAUGGGAGGUUGUCCCACAUGGGAAGCUGGCCGCUGGAGCAUUUGUUCCGUGACGUGUGGUGACGGGGUACAGACGCGUGAUGUGACAUGUAGCACGCGUGACGACAGAUGUAACGCCAAGUCUAUGCCACAGCGUCAAAGGAAAUGUAAUCUUGGGGCGUGUCCCGUGUGGAGAGUGGGGCCGUGGGAAAAGUGCUCUGUAACCUGUGGCGAGGGUGUCGUCAGACGUGUGGUCACGUGCAGUGCCGGAGGCAAUCGUUGUCAGGACGACACUAAACCGGAAGUAGUCAAGCUGUGCGAGCUCCCUGACUGUCCAAGCUGGCUCUCGCAAGAAUGGGGCGAGUGCUCUGUAAGCUGCGGGGGAGGGACAAAAACAAGGGCAGUCACGUGUUCUCCUAGUCCUGAUGCAUGUGGUGCGCUCAGAAAACCACCGUCGAGCAUGCGCUGUAACGGGCAAAGGUGUCCCACAUGGACCGUGGGGCCUUGGGAAGAGUGCUCCGUGACGUGCGGCGUGGGCUUGCAGUCUCGUCCGGUGAGAUGUGACACUCAGCGGAAACCGUGUGACCCGGACAAUAAACCGGACAGCACGCAGCAGUGCAAUCGAUCGGCCUGUCCGGAGUGGGCCGCUGGGCCUUGGGAACAGUGUUCCGUCACUUGUGGCGCUGGUGUCAAACGGAGAACAGUCACCUGCACUUCAGACAACAUUACCUGUAACGAGUCACAAAAACCGCCACACGUAGCCAGGUGCGAAAAGGGGGAAUGUCCUAGGUGGACUGCUGGAGCGUGGAGUGAGUGCUCCUCGACAUGUGGCAGUGGGGUACGAACGCGCUUCGUGUCCUGCAAGCCGCGGGAUGGAACUUGUAAUCCAGAGGAUAAGCCGGACGCAUACAAGGAAUGCGACGUUAUGGAAUGCCCCACAUGGAGUGUAGGCCAAUGGAGCUCCUGCUCGGUCACGUGUGGUGUCGGGCGCAGGCUUCGUUCGGUCGUGUGCUCCAUUCACGGAAAGUGCGAUAAGCAGCGGCAGCCCUCGUCGUCCACCCUGUGUAACAUGGGACCGUGCGCGACAUGGCAGACUGGGACUUGGAGUCAGUGCUCAGUAACCUGCGGUAAAGGGACCCAGGUACGAACUGUCACCUGCUCCGAUAAAGACACAAGCGCAUGCGACCUGCGCACGAAACCACAGUCCAGUACCGUGUGCGGCACCAGUCAAGAAUGCCCUAAAUGGAUUAUUGGCAACUGGAGUCAGUGUUCGCGUACGUGCGGAAUCGGCAUCACGAGCCGUGAGGUACAGUGCAUUCUUGGAAACAAUUCCCUCCCUUACGCCUCGUGUGACAGCAACAGUCGUCCCGUCAUCAGAAGAGUGUGCCAGCUGAUCGAGUGUGUGCAUGGCGCCAAGUGGCGAGCGGGAAACUGGGGCGAGUGUUCCUCACGAUGCUCGUCUGGCAUCAAGACGCGCAGAACCUGGUGCACAGCAAGCAACGGGACUCAGAUACAAGACAAGUACUGCAGUCAACCUAGGCGACCCCGAGACCAGCGAGAAUGCAACCGUCAUCGGCAGUGUGGGGACUGGGAGACCGGGGCAUGGAGUGAGUGCUCCAAGUCAUGUGGCGACGGGGUCAAGACGCGCGAAUUGCGCUGUCUCUACAAUAUCGAGUACGCGAAUGAAGAGAAUUGUGAAGAGUCCACCAGACCUAUCGCCGAACUUCCAUGCCGCAAGCAGGCGUGCCCUCUCUAUAGCGACAUGUUUCAAUGGAGGACUACCUCGUGGACUAAGUGUUCGCGGACGUGCGGGUUCGGCAGCAAGUCCCGUUAUGUGACCUGUGUCGACAAGCAAGGACAACCUGUCCCCAAGUCAAACUGUGAUGGUCGACCCAAGCCUCACGCGUAUCUACCCUGCUUCGAAGUCAAGUGCCCGCCCAAGUGGAAAGUGGGCGACUGGUCUGAGUGUUCGAGAACGUGCGGUGACGGCGGUUACCAGAUAAGACCGGUCACGUGUGAAGGCGUGCCCGGUGUAGAUGAGUGCAACAAGAGAAAUAAGCCGCCGAUCUGGCGCCCGUGUCAUCUGGGGCCCUGCAGCGGCGAGUUCAAGUGGAGAGUCGGCUCCUGGUCGGAGUGUUCGGUGACCUGUGGUACCGGACAGAUGAAGAGAGCCGUCCGGUGUCUAAAUGCCAGGAACGAGCUGAUGCCGGACGCGCACUGCAGACAGCCCGCGCUGAAACCAGACGAAGCACGGCCAUGUACCAUGCCACCAUGUACCCCACGGACCUGUCGAGAAAUACAGUUGACCAGUGGAUUGCAGGCGGAUGGAGAGCACGUGCUGCAAGUCCAGGGGAAAUUGCUCAAAAUUUAUUGUCACGGAAUGACUACGGAUGAUCCCAAAGAGUACAUCUCUCUCAAGACCGGAUCCAAGGACAACUUUGCAGAGGUGUACACUAAAAAACUACUGGAUCCUAAUCAGUGCCCGAGUAAUGGCAAACACGUCGACAGCUGCGCAUGCUACUCCCAGGAUUAUAUUGAUUCCGGAUCAUCGUACUUCACUAAAUUAAGGAUAGAUAUUGUCAAGAUGAAAAUAAUACCCGAUGAUUUCCAAUUCGCGUCGACACGUGGUCUCAAACCGCCCCCUUACGCCACCGCUGGGGAUUGCUAUAGCCGAAAACGAUGUCCACAGGGCCGUUUUAGUAUAAAUCUAGAAGGAACAGGGAUAGAGCUCUCACCCGAUGUUCGGUGGAGAUCAACUGGCCGAUCAUUUACGCAAUUAAUCUACAGAUACCCCGAGGGCAAGCGAGUUAUCGCGAAAUGCGGGGGGCGAUGUGGGACGUGUAGCCCUGCGACUGGCAUCGGACUUCAAGUUUUAGUAAGCAGAGGCCACGGUAUCAGGUAGACCACCUAGGAUGUUAAUGGUUUUUUUUUUUCAAAUUGAGGAUGUAAAUAGUACCGGUCACUCGAAGACGACUUAAGACGAAUGACGUCACAGAUGUAUCGCAGUCACCAGAUAGCAGCGGGCUUGUCACGCUUUGCUUCUGUUAAAAAGAUUGCGCGAGAAUUAUAAUCUGUUCGAUGAGCAGAAAACGAUGGAUGAUUGAUAAAACGCACCUCUACGUUGGACCAAGGCUGUUAAGUAGACUUUAACAAUAUUGGCCCAAUGGUGGUGAUUAUGGCUGAGCCAAUGCUGUGAAUAUAAACGCUGAAUACUGUCAUUAGGACACGAGUGAGUCCUGAGUCAGCCGAGUCCAAUUUAUUACAAAAUUAACAAAAUAGUUAUUAUUUUUCAAAUUGUCAUGAUCACGAGAGAGCAAGCUUCAAGAUGUAGCGCCUUAGUCCCCUGCCCCUCCCCCUGACAUUAUUGCCGAGUCUCCCUUGAGCACUACAGAAAAAUUUAUUGAUUUAAUAUUAUUAAUAUAUUGAUGAUAUACCUAUCACGAUUAAAGCAUUGCUCCGUAUUGGAGCUAAUGGUCUCUAUAUGGACUUAAAGUAGUGUAAACUAUUUAUUUCUUUGCAAAAAAAAGUCAACUAAUAAAAAGAUGAAAUGGCGAAA